CUGCUCUUGUUGUGGAGGGUUAGCUUUAGCUCCGCGGGUGGACCAUGGGUGGACUCCAACUCUAACUUCACUGAGUUUAGUGCAGUGCUCACUGUGGAUAAGCCUGUUGAGCCUCAUGCACACACAGACCCUGCGCAAAACACUGUUUAAGGAGACUCUGAGUGCGUGUGCGUGACAGACACGGAACAGGCGCGGAACAGAAACGGCGCGGCAGCGAACCCUCACCCAGUGCCCUCUGCCUCACAGACAGACUCACAGCGCUCAUGUGGUCCCUGGUUACACGGUCUGCGGUCAACACAGUCAGGUGCUGUGCCGUCAGAGCCAUGUCGUCCUACAGCUCCUUGCUCCUGAGCCGGCCGUCCCCCUCUAUUAUCCACGUGGAGCUCAACCGGCCGGACAAACUCAACGCCAUGAACCGCGCUUUCUGGAGUGAGAUGGUGACCUGCUUCAAUGAGAUCUCAGAUGAUGAAGAGUGCAGAGUGGUGCUGGUGUCUGGAGCAGGCAAAGUCUUCACAUCUGGCAUAGAUUUAGUAGAUGCUGCCAGUACUGUGCUUCAGCCAAGAGGGGACGACACUGCCCGAGUCUCCUGGAACAUUCUCAAAAUCAUUGGCAAAUACCAGGAGACCUUCUCCGUCAUCGAGAAGUGUCCCAAACCUGUGAUUGUAGCUGUGCAUGGAGCCUGUGUAGGAGGAGGUGUGGACCUGAUCACAGCCUGUGAUAUCCGCCUGUGCACGCAGGACGCAUGGUUCCAGGUGAAGGAGGUGGACAUUGGACUGGCAGCAGACGUGGGCACUCUCCAGAGACUCCCUAAAGUCAUUGGCAGCCGUAGUUUGGUGAAUGAGCUGGCCCUCACUGCUCGGAAGAUGUACGCAGACGAGGCCCGUGACUGUGGACUGGUCAGUCGUGUGUUCGUGGACAAAGAGGCGAUGAUGGCAGCUGCUCUGGAGAUGGCGGGGCAGAUCUCGGCUCGCAGCCCUGUGGCCGUCCAGGGCACCAAAGUCAACCUGGUGUACUCCCGAGACCACAGCGUCCAGGAGGGCCUCACCUACAUGGCGGCGUGGAACAUGAGCAUGCUGCAGACCCAGGAUGUGAUGAAGUCGGCCCAGGCCGCCAUGGAGAAGAAGGGCCCUGAGAGCAUCACCUUCUCCAAACUGUGACCUUCCUCAGGCCUCAACACACUGACUGUGCCUUUGCUCAUAUGUGAUUAUUUAAUGAUUCAUACUCAUGAUUCGGCAUUAAUAAAAUGCUAAACAAAAGUUGAAUUGUCAA